UUACUCGUGACAAAAUUCGACACCAACGUGUCAGAACGUUUAUAGGCUAGAUCWAUGGUCAAAGUGCACAAGAAAGACGCUAAAUCUUCCUUAAACGAUCUGCUCUCUGUACGAUGGAAAAAUAAGAUCCUGCGAUCUGCUCACAAGAUUCACUUUUUGUAAGACGUGAGUAAAAGGCCAAGAGAAUGUCGACUGUCCUUCAAUACGUUAACAGUCUUGCCGCGCUGUUGUUGGUGCUGUUCACGACAAGUGCUCUUUCUAAAGACAACCGUAGUAUACUCUCCAUAUUGCUUGACGGGUACGACAAAGAGGUGCGACCAUACGAUGAAGUGAAGUUUCUUCCGGUACAAGUUGAUGCGGUUAUUGAUUCGAUUGGAGUCAUCGAAGAAGCAAGCAUGCAGUAUACCGUAUAUUUCUAUUUUCGUCAAUACUGGACAGACGACAGAUUAGCAGGCAAAGUCAAUAAGACUGUAACAUUGACAGGAGAGUCGAUAGGCAAUAUAUGGAGACCUGAUCCAUACUGUUAUAACGCACGCCAUUCGAAUCUUAUGGUUGAAGACAAGGAUAUCAGAAGUAGACUCACUGUAAAACCCGAUGGAAGCAUAUUCUACACCAGAUGAAAACUUCACUACUAUCAAAAUCGAGUUCACCUUGGACCGCCGCGUCGGGUAUUACAUUAUCCAGGCCUAUUGCCCUGAUAUUCUGAUUGUGAUCCUAAGCUGGAUCAUCCUMUGGAUGGACUCUAGAGAUAUGGGAGAUAGAAUGGCUCUGGGAAUAACCACUAUUCUGACCAUCAUGUUCCUGCUUGGUGCUACUAAUGCUUCGAUGCCUAAAGUCAGUUACCCCAAAGCACUCGAUUGGUACCUGUUGGUGUCAUUUGGAUUCGUUUUUAUGACCUUGGUGGAGAGUAUGCUGGUCUUUUUACUGACGCACAAGCAAAAUCAAGAUGUAAACCCAACCAAGAAACGACGCGAAGCAGUUUUGUCACCAUACAAUCGCAUCGCCACCAUUUUCAAAAGCAAGAACAGAAAGAAUCCAUCACUUAAUGGUCGUUCUCAGUCACCGGAUAUUGCUCUAGACAGGAUGAACAAUUUUAUAGAAAACGAGGUACAAACUGAAGGGGAAAUGCCCGCUAAACAAARCGACGAAUGCUGGGAAAAACAUGUUGAAGGAGAUGUCAGUGAUGGUAGUCAGCAGUCAUCACACAGCGGAGAAAGAGUCGAUAAGAUUUCGCGUAUUCUUUUUCCACUGGCAUUUCUUGUUUUCAAUCUCUCGUACUGGUAUACGUAUUUGUACAAAAACAAAAAAUAACUAGAUUAURUCAGUAGGUUUUUAUGGUUUUCUAAUAGGUUAAAUUAAUUUAAGGACUUGCUCAUACUAACGUCGACUUCAUCAGAAUCCGAAUCGGCGAAAGUGAUGCGCUAAGCUAAGAACUAAGAGAAAGUCAGUAGCGCCAACUUCUCUCUCAUAACUUUGUUU